AGUGGGCCUGAGGGUCCGUUCCGGUGGGCGGAGGGUCCGUUCCGGCGGGCGGACCGUAGGUCGGACUGGCUGGGGACGAGUGGGCCUGAGGGUCCGUUCCGGUGGGCGGAGGGUCCGUUCCGGCGGGCGGACCGUAGGUCGGACUGGCUGGGGACGAGUGGGCCUGAGGGUCCGUUCCGGUGGGCGGAGGGUCCGUUCCGGCGGGCGGACCGUAGGUCGGACUGGCUGGGGACGAGUGGGCCUGAGGGUCCGUUCCGGUGGGCGGAGGGUCCGUUCCGGCGGGCGGACCGUAGGUCGGACUGGCUGGGGAUGAGUGGGCCUGAGGGUCCGUUCCGGUGGGCGGAGGGUCCGUUCCGGCGGGCGGACCGUAGGUCGGACUGGCUGGGGAUGAGUGGGCCUGAGGGUCCGUUCCGGUGGGCGGAGGAUCCGUUCCGGCGGGCGGACCGUAGGUCGGACUGGCUGGGGAUGAGUGGGCCUGAGGGUCCUCUUCAGAGGGUGACCUGGAGGCGGGACCGGCCGAAGCUGGACUCGCCGGAGGGUCCACCUCCGAGGACGGCCUGGGGGCCGGACAGACAGAGGCAGGUAGGACAGGGACCGGGUCUUGACAGACUGGGGCCGGACAGGACAGAGGGGCCGCUCCGGCGAACGGCCCGGGGGCUGGACAGGACAGAGGGGCCGCUCCGGCGGACGGCCCGGGGGUCGGACAGACAACUGGGUUGGGAGCCGGGUCCGGUGGGUCCUCCGGGGGCGGAGCCGGGUCCGGUGGGUCCUCCGGGGGCGGAGCCGGGUCCGGUGGGUCCUCCGGGGGCGGAGCCGGAGGGAAGGCACAGAGCCUCUCGAAGGCCGAGAUCCUGGGGGCAGGAGGCGGAGCAUCGACCACCGCGGGGACUGGAGGAGGAGAAGACCCAGGGCGUGUCUUGGACGUGGGUCGGGGUGUGGACUGGGUCCGGGGCUGGUGGCACUGAUGGGAGGGAAGAGGGUGCUGGCUGGGCUGGCGGCGAGGAAACUUGGCUUGAAGAGGUUUCCCACUCUCCUGCAGCUUUUGACAAGGCGGAAACGCCUUCCCCGAGUCCUUGA